CCACUCCCUAGCUCCCUCUCUCUCCCUCUCUAACAAGAAAUCAGUAGCUCAAUCCUUCCUCUCACCUUUACACCUCUGUAUUUACCAAAAGUCGCUGCUGUAGCUACUAGAGAGCUACUUCUAUAUAUCUUGUAAUCCUAUCUGACUUUUGGUCUCCUUGAUUAGUCCUUGCUUGCUGCUGCUUGCAUAUCCUCGUCCAGCUUGCUUCAGCUCUCAUCUUCCUCCUCUUAGCUCCUUCAAUCCAUUGUUGGGGUAACUACGCAAGGUGACCGGGAGGAAUGUCGGCCCAGAUCGCGCCGGCGCCGGCGCCGGCGCCGGAGCAUGUGUGCUACGUGCACUGCAACUUCUGCAACACAAUUCUCGCGGUCAGUGUCCCGAGCAAUAGCAUGCUGAACAUUGUGACAGUCCGUUGUGGGCAUUGCACUGGCCUGCUGUCAGUGAACUUGAGAGGACUGAUACAGUCACUUCCUGUCCAGAAUCACUCACAGUUGGUGCAGGAGAAUUUCAAGGUUCACAAUAUCAGCUUUACUGAAAACCUCUCUGAGUAUGCACCUUCGCCUUCAAAAUACCGGAUGCCAAUGAUGUUCUCAACAAAAGGAGAUCAAGAUCAUAUGCUGCACAUUCGCGCAGCUCCAGAGAAAAGGCAACGUGUUCCAUCAGCAUACAAUAGAUUUAUUAAGGAAGAGAUACGGAGGAUUAAAGCAAGCAACCCCGCCAUAAGUCAUAGAGAAGCAUUCAGCACUGCAGCAAAGAAUUGGGCACAUUUUCCAAACAUACAUUUUGGCCUUGGGACCCAUGAGAGUAGCAAGAAGCUCGAUGAGGCCAUUGGUGCGGCAGGUCGUCCCCAGAAAGUCCAAGAUCUCUACUAGAGACCUACAACACCCAUCUUGAUUCCGUGUUGUAAGUAAUUUUAGAAAGCAAAACUACCUUAAUUCCAAAUCCGUUUGCGAGUGGCAUACAUAUAUAGGUAAGUGAUAUCAUGAAGAAAUAAGAAAUUAAGACAUAUAUAUAUAUAUAUGUACAAGAACAGAAUGCUACCAGCUCUAUCACCAAGACUGAAUAAGUACCUCAUCGUGUUGUUAUUUAAUAUUGGAUUGAAAUAAAUUAUCCUUUGUGCAAA